AUGUGGCAAAACACAAUAGCACCUGCCACCACUGCCACUCCCCUGCUUGCCAUCCCUCCUACCUCGCAAGCACGCAAGACAGGAACAAUACGUGCAGCAGAGGAGCAGCAGAGGAGCAGCAGAGGAGCAGCAGAGGAGCAGCAGAGGAGCAGCAGAGGAGCAGCAAAGAGUGAUUGGGGGACAGCAGGCGAGCAGCAUGCUCUCCAGAUGAGUAGCACUCCCAGCAAGAGCAGCAACAGAGCAGAGGUGCAGCAGGUGAGCAACAUGCUAUGUCACACGAGGGUUCCUGCCACUCCCCUCCCCGCCAUCCCUGCUGCUGCUGCUGCUUUCGGGCAGGCGAGAGACCAUCCAGAUGAGCAGCACUCUCAGCAGCAGGGGAGCAGCAAAUGA